AUGACGAGCACACUUCAAGCCCCUCGAAGGGCGACCACUCUAAUCCUGUCCCUCCAACAAUCCUCCUUCCGCCCGCUCUCCCAACGCCAUCAACUUCUCUACGCCAACACCUUCAGACUCUAUUCGACGCAACCACCCUCCGAAAACGUCGACGAAAAGACCAAAGACCUACCUCCCAAGGAACCUUCCCAACCAGAUGAAGACGGCAUCAACGGCCCCUUAUCUACGCUCCCACCACCCCUCACUCUCCCCGAAAAAGGCUCGUCCUCCACACCAGCCCAUCUCUUCCAGAUCGGCCGCGCAUACGGAAAGUUCUACUGGGCUGGCGUAAAAGCAACAUGGAGCAACCGCAAACGUGCAAAAGCCCUAAAGACCUCCAUCACAUCUGCAAACCGCGCUGCCGGGUUACCUAACAUACCUAGACCUUUACUCGCACAUUUGGAGUUUUACUAUGAGAACGUCACAGACGGCAAGGACAAACUCACAAGGACGAAUUUCCAAUUGCUCAUGAGGGAACAAUACGACUCUAGAAAACUGCCUCCGUUUGCAUUGAUGGUGGCGCUGUUUGGAGAGUGGUUACCGCUAAUCGUACCUUUUGUACCCUCAGCCGUCCCUCGCACCUGCAGAAUCCCCAAGCAAAUCGAAGACAUGCGAAAAGGCGUCGAAGAACGCCGCAAGAAAUCUUUCCGCCAGGGACUAAAAACGCCAAAACCUGCAGAGGAAAAUGACGAAAAGAUGCCUACGAGUAUGGCAGGAGGCAAAAAGGCAUUGCCGAGAUUGUACCAAUCUAUGCGUACAGCCCAACACAUCGUCAAGCUAGGAAAGACAGAGUCUAUGCACGUAUCACGAGUACUCGGGAUCGGAGGAAGACUUUUCGACAGUAUGGGUGUGCAACACCCACUCUUCCCCGUAAAACUGAUGAGACAUCUUGGAUACUUGCACAUCGACGACGAACUAUUGCUUCAAGACUGGGUGUUGAGCCACUUGACAUUGAGCACAGAAGAAACCCGCAUAGCAUGCGAGGAACGCGGUAUCGAUGUGGUGGGCAGAGGCGAGAGCGAAAUGAAAGAAGACCUGAGUAAAUGGCUUGAAGGCAGAAAAAGAGAUGACGGUAGCUAUGGCGAGAUUUUGAAGAUGUUGUUUACAAGACCUAAUGUUUGGGGUCAAUCUCAGAUCGAGGCUGCUCCAGAGUCAAAUGAAUAA